AUGAAUUAUAUAUCCUCAAGUUUUAAGAAAUUAGAUAUUUUUGGGCAAGAAAUAAGAUUCUUAGCAAAUGGUCAAUCAGCAUAUAGAACUAAGAUUGGUGCUUUCAUGACUUUAAUUUUAUUUUCUAUUUUAGCAUAUUCUAGUAAUUCCUUUAUUUUAGAUAUGAACAGAGGAAAGAAUGCUGUUCUUAAUUCUAAAGAUGCUAUUAUUUCUGCUUAGGAAGUAUAAAUUUUUUUGAAAUCAUAGGGUUAUACAUUUGAUCCUACUGAACUGCUAUUUGCUGUUGGAUUAGUAGAUUAAAUGGGUUAGCCUAUUAAAAAUGAUAAUAAUAGAAUAUUUACAAUCAGUUUUUACUAUUGCAGUAAAUAAUAUGGUGAAACUAAUUGUGUAAAUAUACCAAGUAUUAUUUGUGGUAAUCUCAACUCCAAUAUGUCUUUAGUAAUAUUUUUUAUGAUUAAAAUAGAUAGAAAUACCUAAAAAAUAUCUAGACAUCACUUACUGUAUAGACGAAUAAUAUUUAAAAGAAAAUCCAAACAUAAGAAUUUAAGGAUCCCCAAAAUUAGAAAAUUUUACAUAAAUUGGAGCGUUAGUAUAAAGAUGUUAAAAUAACACAUAUAAUUAAAGUAUAUCUAAUAAAAAUAUUAGAUUGUGCUCCAAUAGACGAAAUUGAUAGAUAUAUCACUAAUUCGAAUCUUUAUUAUUCUUAUUCAUUCCAUUAUUUUAAUAAAGAAUAAAAUAAUUCUCCAUAUGAAAAAGCCUAAAGUAUAGACUCUACUCCUAUUUUUAAUAAAGUUGGGAAAUACAUUAGGAUAUAUUUCAAAUAUUCUUAGAGUUUUAUAGAAUAUAAUCCUUUUUACUUCUUUCCUUAGGUUGAAAAGCUUGAAGGAAUAGAAUAUGAAAAUACAGCAAUAGACAGUACAUUAAAUUAUGAAGACAAUAAUAAUAUAGCUUUAUUUGAAUUAAACUUAGAUGCAAAAAAAAAAGUACAUUUUAUUACUUAUUAAACAUUAAUGGACGUUGCAGCUAAAAUUGGAGGUCUCUUUACAAUCUUAAGAGUUAUUUUUGAUAUUAUUCUGUAUCCUUUUUAACUCUUAAGUUAUAGACUUUAUUUAACAAAUUCUUUAAUAAAAUAAUAAAAUCAUUUAAUAAAUAAUAAUAAUAAGUCUAACUUUAAAAAUGAAUUAAAUUUUUAUAAAUUAAUAACUUCAUCUGCUUCAAGAUAGUUCUAUUAAACAUAAUCCAUAAUGAUCAAUUAAUUCCUUGAUAUUACUGAAAUACUUAUUAAUCCUUUACGAAUUACUCGGAAAAUGGAGGAUUUAUAAGGAUCAAUUAAAAAAGUUGAUAUUUUAAAUUCUCGGAAUAGAAAUGUACCUUCAGAAUUAGAGGAUUAAGUAUAUGAUAAUAAUAAUGGAUUUGUAAGUUUUAAAUUUUUAAGUCAUUUAUCAAUCAAUGAAGAGAUUAAGUUAGGAAGUGAAACUAAUAUUAAAAUUCCUUAGCUUCGGAGAAAUUGA